AUGCCGGCGAGCGGAACGCCCGGACCCUAUGAGAUCAUGCGCAAGCGCGCCGACUUCCUCGCUGCCCGGCAGGGCGUGCGGCUGGCGGGCGACACCGUCCGGCUGGAAAUGCGGCGGCGCGGGCCGGCCGAAAACGGCGACGGUCCGCGCGUCGGCUUCACGGUGACCAAGCGCAUCGGCAACGCCGUUACCCGCAAUCGGGCAAAAAGGCGCCUGCGCGAGGCGGUGCGGCUGGUUGCCGCCCGUGACAUGCGGCCGCGACAUGACUAUGUGAUCAUUUCCAAGCCCGAUGUGUUGACUGCGCGGUUCAGCACAUUAUGCGAGGAUUUGCGCCGGACGCUUGCGCGCGGACACAAGCGCAUCGGCGACGCCGCAAACGGCAACUGA